AAAUAAUUGCUUUUUUAUUUACGGAAGAAAAAUUAUUAGGUGCUCCAGCCACUCAUUGGCAACUUAUUGCCAAGUUAUACCCAAAGACAGAAUCAUGAUUUUACCCUAACAGUGGCGAAAUGUAUACUAAAAAAAUCUAGUGAUAGCGAAACUAUAUAAAUUAAGCAUAUAUAUAUAUAUAUAUAUAUAUUACAUAUAAUAAUUACAUUUUCUAAAAUUCUUGUCAUUCAACCGCCACUAGACCUGGUUCCAUCUUUGGUUAUACCCAAGUUAUUAGUAAUCACUCACUUUAUUGAAAUAAUUGUUGGUCUCUAGCGCUCAUCCCUCCAUUCUUCAUAUAACUAGUCUAAUCCCAGAAUUUGCCUUACACCCUCUCUCUCUCUCUCUCUCUCUCUCUCUCUCUCUCUCUCUCCACACCAUUCACCUCUGUUCUUCCUCUGUUACACCAUCGCAAUCCCUGUACUCUUUCCUCCCUCCGUUACACCAUCGCAAUCCCAGUACUCUUUCCUCCCUCAUUAUACUCCAACCACAACAAACACAUAAAUGAAGCUUCCUUUACUCAGGGAUUCCACGCAAAAAUCCGAAAUCCGAAGCAAACCCAAAUCAGCUCAACCUCCCAACACCCACCCAUUAAAGCCACUCCUAUGUCAAGCCUUCGUCUGCGUUGUCAUUCUCUCCCAAAUCUUCCUCGUCGUCUUUCUCACCCGGGCCCGAUCCGCCUCCACUCGACCAAAUUUUAGUAAUUCGGAUCCCCAAGAAUGUCCGUCCGGGUCAGUUUACGUGUACGACCUCCCAGCGAUGUUUAACAAUGACUUGUUAACCAAUUGCGAUAAAUUAGACCCGCAGACGUCAAAAUGCGAUGCGGUAUCAAACAACGGGUACGGCCCGAGAGCGAUGACAGAGCUCUCCCGGGUCGUACCCAAGAAGCUCGCCCCGGCAUGGUACUGGACCGACCAUUACAUGGUGGAGAUUAUAUACCACAACAGGCUGUUGGACUACAAGUGCAGAACGAUGGAGCCGGAAUCCGCUACGUCGUUCUACAUACCUUUUUACGUUGGACUCGCGGUGGGAAAGCAUGUGUCGCGCAAUCACACCGCGAGGGACUGGGAUUUGCUCUAUGGGAGGAUGUUGAAGUGGGUCCAGGGUCAGAAGUGGUGGAAGAGAUCCAACGGCUCAGAUCACUUCAUCACGAUGGGACGGCUGACGUGGGAUUUUCGACGGCCGACAGACUCCGAUUCCGAAGGGGGGUCCCGCUUUAUCCACAUGCCGGGAAUGGAAAACGUCCUUCGUUUAACCGUGGAGAAAAGCCUGUCGGACCGCAUGGAAAUAGCUGUGCCUUACCCCACCGAAUUCCACCCCAGAACCGUAUCGGACGUCAGAGAGUGGCAGAGGUUCGUCCGCAGCCGUACCCGCACGGGCCUCUUCACGUUCGUGGGAGCAACACGUGGCACCGUAAAAAACGACUUCACGGGAGUUUUACUGAGCCAGUGCCGGAACGAGUCCGGCUCGUGCCAGCAUGUGGACUGCUCCGAGACUCGAUGUGUCGACGGGACGGCAUCGAUUCUCGAGACGUUUCUGGGCUCGGUCUUCUGUUUGCAGACGAAAGGGGACGGGUUCACGAGGCGGUCCCUGUUCGACUGCAUGCUGGCCGGUUCAAUUCCGGUUUUUUUCAGGAAAGAGACCGCGUACAAACAGAACGAGAAGGGGUGGUUCCUGCCGGCCGAUCCGGAGCGUUACUCGGUGUUUAUAGACCAGAAUGAGGUUAGAAACGGGAUUUCGGUAAGGAAAAUAUUGGAGGGGUACCAUAUAGAAGAGGUGUGGAGGAUGAGAGAAAGAGUGGUUGAGAAUAUACCCAAGUUUUUGUAUGGGAUUCCGAGUGAUGGGUUGAGUAGUAUGGGAUUUAGAGAUGCUUUUGAUAUCGCCAUUGAUGGGGUUUUGAGGAAAUUCAAGGAUCAUAAGUACACGGGAAGGAAGGAUUAUUAAGGGUCUGUUUGGUUGAUAUUCUUUUGUUACAGUACCAAAAAUAUGGGUGAGGAAAAGAUGUUGUGAAUAUAGAACCGAUAAUUUUCGGAAACGUUAAUUAAAUGGCAUAGUAUGUGAACAUGAUAUUUGUUAAUGAAAAUUUGUUAUUUUGUUCUU